UUUCACAAUAAUUAUGAUCGUACCCAUGGUCAUUGGGCAUAUAAAUACACCCCACACGCUCCAACCCUUCCGAACCACAGAGGGAGUUAAAAACAAUGGGAAACAGCUUAAGGUGCUGUUUGGCUUGCGUUCUUCCGUGUGGAGCCCUAGACCUGAUCCGCAUAGUGCACUUGAACGGUUACGUGGAAGAGAUCACGCGUCCAAUCACGGCGGGGCAAGUUCUCAAGGCCAAUCCAAACCACGUCUUGAGCAAGCCCACCUCGCAAGGCGUCGUUCGCCGGAUUCUCAUCCUCUCGCCGGAGACCGACCUCAAGAGAGGCAGCAUAUACUUCUUGAUCCCGGCCUCCUCCUUGCCGGAGAAGAAAAGGCACGUGCCGCGCGUGUCGCACGUGAGCGCCGGUGCCUGUCAUAAAAAAAAUACUAAGAAUAAUAAUAAUAAGAAUGGUGAUGACCUAAUUACCACCAAGAGCGUGCAGCAACGCGACAAUGGAACGUUUCUAGCUUCCAAGGAGAAGAAAUGCUCGUGGCGGGAUCGCCGGAGCGCCCGCGGCGGUUUGUGGCGGCCUCGUUUGGAGAGCAUCUCGGAAGACUAGUUUUUUUUUUUUUCCGGUGGCCGGUGCCGGAGGGGAAUGGGAGCCGAAGAUGGUUCAACACUUGAAAAUUGUUAAAAAUAUAACAUGACCUUUUUCUCCCCCUUUUUUUUUUAAAUUCUUUUUCUUUUUCUAAAAUGUAAGUGAGUAUCUAAAGUUGUGGAUAUAGAAGAGUUUGCCUUAAUGA